AUGGUGCCCAAUCAAAGGAGUGACGUUAUUGGGAAUGAGUGGUGGGAUAUUCCCAUCCCCUAUGAGCUGGGAGUGAAUCUCAGUAUGAACUAUAAAGGAAUCAUUUUGAGAGCUUUUGAGCAGUUCAGACUGAAAUCAUGUAUUGACUUUAAGCCCAGAGCAGCAGAAGAUUUUUACAUCUCUGUGGAGAGUCUUGAAGGGUGUUGGUCAUAUGUCGGUCGCUCAUCUCCUGGAGGCCAGACUCUUUCCAUUGGAAAUAACUGUGGAAAAAAAGCCGUUGUCGAGCAUGAGUUUCUCCAUGCACUAGGAUUUUGGCAUGAGCAGUCAAGAUAUGACAGAGAUGAUUAUGUGACCAUCAACUUUGAAAACAUCAUAAAAGGGCAUGUGACUAAUUUCAAUAAAUACAGAGAGAAUGUGACCACCUCCCCAUAUGACUAUUACUCUGUGAUGCAUUAUGAUAAAAAUGCCUUCAGUAACGGUAAUGGGUCCACGAUCAUCACCAAGCUUCCUGAGUUCCAAGAUGUGAUUGGUCAACGCCUGGACAUCAGUGAAUAUGAUGCGAUUGAGCUCAACAAACUCUAUAAAUGCAAUUCCUCCAUCUCUUUCCUUGACCACUACAGUUUUGAUGAUACAUAUCUGUGUCAGAUGAGUAUCUGUUCUGCUGCCGUUUAUGGCUGGCAGAGAGUGAAGUCAGUGAGUGGCAUCAGUGUGACUGACCACACCUACUUGAGCAAAGAACAAAAUGGGAUGUCUUUUUUCAUGCACUUCAGCACUAAGGGGAGAAAGGAAGGGGACACGGCCAUAAUGGACAGCAAGACAAUGACCCCUAAAAGAGACUGCAAAGUCCAAUGCCUGCAGUUCUACUACUAUCACAGUGGUAAUGAGUCUGACCAGCUCAACAUCUGGAUCCGAGAGUACCAGAAUGAAGCAGACAACAGAGGAACUCUCAGACUUAUGGAUCAGAUCACAGAACUCCCAGGUAAUUACUGGAAACUGCAUCAUGUGCCACUGAAUGCAAAUAAAACCUUCCAAGUUGUAUUUGAAGCCCGUAAAGGAGCUGGAAACUCCCGUGGAGGCUUCUCACUGGAUGAUAUCAAUAUUUCAGAGACUGAGUGUCCCCACAUAUGGCAGAUAAGGGACUCUGAAAAGGUUUUGAACAAUCGGAUUUUGGCGAGUCCAUUGUAUUACUCCAGUGAUGGUUAUCGCUUUCAGGCUGCAUUAGAGGUGGAUCAGAAUUUUCUUGCCAUGUAUAUUCAUCUGGUAUCUGGUGCAUAUGACGACCAGUUGCAGUGGCCUUGUCCAUGGAGACAAAUAACCUUCCAGAUGCUUGACCAGAAUCCACACAUUCAGAAGCGCAUGUCCUUAGAACAAAGCAUCACCACUGACCCUGUAUUGGUAUCUCCCAGUAAGAAUCUGAUUAUUUUUCUGUCACAUCAUGUGUUUAUAUGUAGAAUUUUACUUAGCUAA